UCUACCUGUUUCUGGUCUGGUCUCCCGACCCUCUACACGCACAUUGAGACGAAAUCGCUUCGAUCUGAAAUACCAAAACCCUCAAAUCCAAGCUCCAACCACGAUCUUGGUGAGGUUGUUCUUUCUUCAAAAUUUCUAAUGGCAGUCACGGAUGUUCAGAAUCCUCUUCUUGGAGUAACAACUUGCGGUUCUCUGCUGCAGCAGUUGCAGAAAAUAUGGGAUGAGGUUGGUGAGAGUGAUGAGGAACGUGAUAUGAUGCUACUUCAGUUAGAGCAGGAUUGCUUAGAUGUUUACAAAAGGAAAGUUGACCAGGCUGCAAAGUCAAGGGCACAUCUUCUCCAGGCUUUGGCAGAUGCCAAAUCUGAACUCUCCAGACUUCUCUCAGCUUUGGGAGAGAAAAAUUUUGUUGGAAUGCCUGAGAAGACAAUGGGUACAAUUAAAGAACAACUUGCUGCAAUAGCCCCAGUAUUGGAACAACUAUGGAAGCAGAAAGAGGAGAGAAUAAAGGAAUUUUCCAAUGUACUGUCACAGAUUCAGAAGAUAUGUUCAGAGAUUGCUGGGAAUUUAAGACUUAGUGAGCAGGGAGAGAAUUCUGCAGUUGAUGAAGCUGAUCUGUCCUUGAAGAAGUUUGAUGAAUUUCAUACUCAACUCCAAGAACUUCAGAAAGAAAAGAGUGACAGGCUCCACAAGGUUCUUGAUUUUGUAAGCACUGUGCAUGAUCUUUGUGCUGUCUUAGGGAUGGAUUUCUUCAGUACCAUUACUGAAGUUCAUCCGAGCUUAAAUGAUUCUGUUGGUGUACAAUCCAAGAGCAUUAGCAAUGACACUCUAUCCAGGCUGGCUAAGACUGUACUGGCACUAAAAGAAGACAAGAAACAGAGACUGCUGAAGCUUCAAGAGCUGGCAGCACAACUCAUUGAUCUAUGGAACCUGAUGGAUACUCCAGCGGAGGAACGGAGUUUGUUUGAUCAUGUUACCUGUAACAUCUCAGCUUCGGUAGAUGAGGUCACUGUCCCUGGGGCCCUUGCUCUUGACCUGAUUGAGCAGGCUGAAGUGGAAGUUGAAAGGCUAGAUCAGCUAAAAGCCAGCAGGAUGAAGGAGAUUGCUCUAAAAAAACAAGCUGAGCUUGAAGAGAUAUAUGCCAGGGCUCACAUAGAAAUAGAUUCAGAGACUGCUCGAGAAAAAAUCAUGGCCAUGAUUGAUUCUGGGAAUAUUGAGCCCUCGGAAUUGUUGGCUGACAUGGAUAAUCAGAUUGUAAAAGCAAAAGAGGAGGCACUCAGCAGAAAAGAUAUAUUGGACAAAGUUGAAAAAUGGAUGUCUGCCUGUGAAGAAGAGAGUUGGCUUGAAGACUACAAUCGGGACGAAAACAGGUAUAACUCAAGCAGAGGGGCACACUUAAAUCUCAAGCGUGCGGAAAAAGCUCGCAUUCUGGUUAAUAAAAUUCCAGCUCUGGUUGACACCUUGGUGGCAAAGAUUCGAGCAUGGGAAGAGGAACGUGAUAUACCAUUUACUUACGACGGAGUACCUCUCCUUGCCAUGUUGGAUGAAUAUGCCAUACUCAGGCAAGAUAGGGAAGAAGAGAAGCGGAGAAUGAGGGACCAGAAAAAGUUCCAUGAGCAACUAGGUACAGAACAAGAAGCCGUGUUUGGUUCAAAGCCAAGCCCCAGCCCCAGCAGACAAUCACUUGGUAGUAGUACAAAGAAGGUGGUAGGCCCACGAGCCAAUGGAGGUGCAAAUGGUACUCCCACUACCAGCAGAAGAUUAUCUUUGAAUGCGCAUCAAAAUGGUGUCAAGUCUACUACCAAAGAUGGGAAGAGAGAAACUCACCGGCCGGUGGCUCCUGUAAACUAUGUUGUGAUAUCGAAGGAGGAUGCUGCUUCACAUGUUUCAGGCACUGACCCAAUUCCGGCUUCGCCAUGAUAGUUACUCAUUGAGGAGGCUUUUGUAGUGUAGGUCUACAAUUUGUGCGAUAACAUUAUGAAUGUAGUUGUUUGGGUAGAGGAAUUAAUGUGUUCUAAAUCAUUAUCAUCAAACUGGUCAGAGCUGUA